AUGUCGGCCGGCGAGUUUAGCGAUCAAAACGCGCUGUUGCGUUCCAAUUCAUCGGCGUCGUCGGAGGAUGAUAUAGAAGCCCAAUCCACUUCUUCCACUUUGACUCCAAGGUCUACUGCUCGUAAGAAAGGUAUCAGAGAUCUGUUAAACCGUUUAGAUCGAGGGUUUAAUCGCCGGAAUGCUAGUUUCAACCGCCGGCCAUCCGAUUCUUCCUCCUCCGCCACCGCCGGCCACCCCCACAAUCAUUCCCUUCCUUCCCCAUCUUACUCCGAUAAUAACACUGUAGGUUAUACUCAUGGUAAUACUCGCAACAAUGGCAAUGCCGGCAGCGCCAAUGGAAGUGUUCAUGCCAGCGGCGACGAUGAGAUGCUUGGCGAUUUCGCACCGCCGGAGUGGGCGUUGUUGCUUAUCGGAUGCCUUCUCGGUCUUGCUACUGGGCUUUGUGUUGCCGCUUUUAAUCGUGGGGUCCAUGUGAUACAUGAGUGGGCAUGGGCAGGAACCCCAAAUGAGGGUGCUGCGUGGCUGCGUUUGCAGAGGCUAGCUGAUACAUGGCAUCGGAUAUUGUUGAUACCAGUUUUGGGUGGAGUUAUUGUUGGCAUGCUUCAUGGUUUACUUGACAUAUUGAGUCAAAUUCAGCAGUCAAGCUCUUCUUCUCAAGGCCAGGGAUUAGACGUAAUUGCUGGAAUAUUUCCCACUGUAAAAGCCCUUCAGGCAGCCAUAACUUUGGGAACCGGGGGUUCAUUAGGACCUGAAGGGCCGAGUGUAGACAUCGGGAAAUCGUGCGCUUAUGGAUGCUCUGUGAUGAUGGAGAACAACAAGGAAAGGAGAAUAGCUCUCGUAGCUGCGGGUGCGGCUGCUGGAAUUUCUUCAGGUUUCAAUGCUCCUGUUGCUGGCUGUUUCUUUGCUAUUGAAACUGUAUUAAGGCCCCUUCGUGCAGAAAAUUCUCCCCCAUUUACAACUGCGAUGAUAAUAUUAGCUUCUGUUAUCUCAUCUACGGUAUCAAAUGCUGUGCUUGGAGAGAAACAAGCUUUCACCGUGCCCACGUAUGAAUUGAAAUCUGCUGCUGAGCUGCCAUUGUACCUGAUACUGGGGAUGCUCUGUGGUGUAGUGAGUGUGGCUUUCACUCACUUGGUUGCUUGGUUCGGUAAAGCUUUUCAGUUUACUAAGGAGAGAUUUGGGAUCAAUGAUGUCGUCUGCCCUGCAAUUGGAGGUUUAGGAGCUGGGAUAAUUGCUCUUAGAUAUCCUGGAAUACUUUAUUGGGGUUUCACUAAUGUAGAUGAAAUCUUGCAUACCGGGAAAACUGCAUCUGCACCUGGGAUUUGGCUUCUAGCACAGUUAGCUGCAGCAAAAGUUGUGGCGACUACUCUGUGUAAAGGUUCUGGCCUUGUUGGUGGCUUAUAUGCUCCUAGUUUAAUGAUUGGUGCAGCCGUGGGUGCUGUAUUUGGAGGUUUGUCUGGGGAGCUAAUCAAUUCAGCUAUUCCAGGAAAUGCUGCUGUUGCCCAGCCACAAGCCUAUGCAUUGGUUGGAAUGGCUGCUACUUUAGCUUCUGUUUGUUCAGUGCCUUUGACUUCUAUUCUGCUGCUGUUUGAGCUGACAAAAGAUUACAGAAUAUUGCUUCCUCUAAUGGGGGCGGUUGGAUUGGCAAUAUGGGUGCCCUCAGUGACCAAUGAAUCUAAGGAAACCGAUGCAUCAGAUUCGAAGAGUUUGACUAGAGGUUAUUCAGUUCUCUCUCCUUUAGAAGACAAAAAUGAGGAAGAAAGAAACGGCAUGGAGCUUUCUAUUGUUGGUAGCCGCAGUAACGAAGAUGAAGUGGAUGAACUGUUUAUUUUGGAAGAAUUGAAGGUCUCAGAUGCUAUGUCAAAAAACUUUUUGAGGGUUCGUCCCACCCAAACUAUCAAAGAAGCUCUGAAUUCCAUGCAUGAUAGCCACCAGAGUUGUGUACUUGUUGUUGAUGCCGAAGAUUGUUUGGAAGGAAUCUUAACUUAUGGUGAUAUUAAGCGGUAUCUGUUCAAGCAGUCUGGUGACACUUCCAACACCAAUCCAUCCCUUUCUGAUGUAAGCAUGUGUCCUGUUUCAGCUGUAUGCACUCGAGGGAUAAUCUAUCGCGGACGACAUAGUGGAUUACUAACUUGUUAUCCAGAUAGUGAUAUGGCAACUGCUAAGCAGCUUCUGGAAGCCAGGGGCAUCAAACAGUUGCCAGUGAUCAAACGUGCAGGAGGAGAUCUCCAGAAGGAAAGAAAACGCAGAGUUGUUGCUGUUCUUUACUAUGACUCAAUCCAGAAGACUCUAAGAGAUGAGAUGGAUCACCGGAAAUUAGCAGUUCAACCGGGAAAGGAGAACAGUCAAUGA